AGUUGUUCUACAGUUUAUUGACGUAAUGAACUCAUCUUCCGUUUAGUUUGUCGGUUUAAUUUCACCUUCAGCGAUCAGUGGUUUCACGCAAAUCCCCACUUUCACCUCUUUCCCUCAGAAUCCCCAAAUUUAAAAUCAUGCUGCCUCAUUUGAAAAGAUUAAAUUGCAUUGCUAUGGGGUUAAGCGUUCUGAUAAGGACACCUCGACUGUGGUCGACUGAGGUUGAGAAGAGGGGAGGAAGAGGACUUCGUCUAAAGCGGUUAAAUUUUGGUGUUAACUGAGCUAGUCGUUUCACUUCCCUUUGGGUCUUUUAAUAUCUGAGCCAACCUCGCUCUUUCACUGUCGAAGAAUUCCAUUUUUUAUGUCGUCGCUGAUCGAGUUGUUGCAGAGAAGAUUUGAUGCUGAGUCCUCAACCUCAAGGACUCCAAGGUCCCGUGUUGCAGAUGAUGAUACUGUAUACGUUGCAGUGGGUAAGGACGUUGAAGAAAACAAGUUGAAUUUGUUAUGGGCAUUAGAGAAUUUUCCCGGGAAAAACUUUUGCAUUCUUCAUGUCCAUCAGCCUACUAGAACGAUCCCCGUUGCUAGCAGACUUAAGCAAGAACUUGAAAGAAAGACCAUGCACGAGGUCCUGGAUGAUUAUGUUCUUUUAUGUCACCAAGUGGAAGUCCAUGCAGAAAAGCUUUUCACAGAGAUGGAUGAUAUUGGAAAGGGGAUUGUGGAACUCAUUUACCAGUUUGAUAUUAAGAAGCUUGUUAUGGGAGCAGCAGCAAGCAAGCACUAUUCAGAGGAAAUGAUGGAUCUCAAGUCGAAGAAGGCUAAAUAUAUUCGGCAGUGUGUACCUCUUUCCUGUCAGAUUUGGUAUAUUUGCAAGGGAUACUACAUUUGCACUCGGGAAGGUGAUUGCCACUCUUCUACAAAUGGGUUUGGGGACUCAGCUUCUGUUAUGCAGCAGAGAACUGAGGGGAGUGGACUUGAGUUAGAAGUAUCUCAAUUAGAGGAAGAUAGAGAUAGUCUUGAUUCUUUGGAAGGAAGUGGCAUUGAUCAACUUUGUGGUCAACUGGAACAAGCAAUGUUGGAAGCUGAAAAGUUUAAACGAGAAGCAUUUGAGGAGUCACUUAGGCGUGGGGAAGCUGAAAAGACUGCCAUUAAGGCCACUUGCAGGGCUAAAGCUUUAGAAAGCUUGUAUGCUAGGGAGUUGAAGUACAGGAAAAAAAUUGAGGAAGCACUAGCAAUAGAAAGAGAAUACCAUCAGAGGACAAGGAAACAACGGGAUGAGGAGCGUUUGAUUACCAUGGAUCAGAGAUUAUUGCAGCAGGUCCAAGCUUCAGACUUCCAUAAUAAGAUUAAAGAGUUGAAUGAUGAGGUACUUUCUGCUGUGGAACAGUGUAAAGAAUAUAAGAAAGAAAGAGAUGAGUUGCAAGUAGAACAAGACAACCUUCUCAAAUUAACCGAGGAGCUUUCAAAAAAGCAAGCAGAAGAUGAGUCUUGCUCUCAAAUGCAUCAGUUUCUUCCUGUCUUCUCUUUGUCAGAAAUUGAGGUGGCAACUUUCAGCUUUGACCCAUUAUUAAGGAUUGGGGAAGGACGGUUUGGAAACAUUUACAAAGGUACCCUACAUCACACCCAAGUAGCUAUAGAAAUGCUGAACCAAGAUAGUACACAAGGGCCUUUGGAGUUUCAGCAGCAGGUUGAGUUAUUGAGUAAACUGAGGCAUCCAAACCUGCCCAUUCUCAUUGGAGCCUGUUCAGAAGCUUGUGCUCUAAUUUAUGAAUAUUUACCAAAUGGAAGCCUUGAAGAUCGACUCGAUUGCAAGGACAACACUCCCCCCUUGCCUUGGCAAGUUAGGAUACGCAUAGCUACGGAGUUGUGCUCUGUCCUUGUAUUUCUUCACUCCAGUAGUCCUCACAGCAUCGUGCAUGGUGAUAUAAAGGCAGGAAAUAUUCUUCUUGAUGCUAACCUUACAUGUAAACUUAGUGGCUUUGGAUUCUGUCCAGUACUCUCUCUUCAGGAGCAUUCAAGGGGCACGACAACCUCUCAUGAAAAUGACCCAAUGGGCUCUUUCUCCUACCGAGAUCCUCAUUUCCUUGCAACAGGAGAACUAUCUCCAAAGUCCGACACUUACUCAUUCGGAAUUAUCUUGUUACAAUUAUUGGCAGGAAGAUCAGCCUUUAGCACAGUAAGAGAAAUCAGAGGUGUAAUAGAUGAGGGAAAUCUGAGUUCCCUUUUGGAUCCACUGGCAGGAGACUGGCCGUUUGUACAAGCCAAACAGUUGGCUUGCCUGGCUUUGAAUUGCUGUGAGAUGGACCAAAACAGACGACCAGACCUUGCGUCAGAGGUGUGGAGGGUGCUUGAACCAAUGAGAGCAUCUUGCUCAACAUCGAUCCAGUUUGGUGAAGAAAGUGAACAACCUCCUUCAUAUUUCCUCUGUCCUAUUCUACAGGAAGUCAUGCAAGAUCCUAUUGUAGCAGCAGAUGGAUUUACUUACGAAGCGGAGGCUUUAACCGGCUGGUUAGAGAGUGGCCACAAUACUUCGCCAAUGACAAACUUAGAGCUUGAACAUUUGAAUCUCAUUCCCAACCGAACUCUUCGAUCUGCAAUUCAGGACUGGAUGCAGCUGCAGUAAAACGACGCCUCCUAUUCACAACUAACCUUAAGCUAGCACUUGGUAGUCAUUAAUUUUUGUAAUGAAAGAAGACUAAAGCAACAUGGGAAUGUAGUUUGUCUUGGGGUGUGCGUGUGUUUGUGUGUGUCUAUU